GGGUAAAAGCAAUGUCCCAAAAUCUAGGGUUCUAGCUCGUGAGGAAGGGGGAGAAUGUCGCACAUCCAGUGCCCAUACUGCAGCGGCCUGGAGGGACGAUGCACGCCAUCGGGCAGCGGCCGCUUCAUCACCGAGUGUAAGGCCUGCGCGCGCGUCGUCGAUGAGCGGCGCGUCCAGAUCCACGAGGUUUUCGUCGAGCGCGCCACGGACACGCCGCUGUGCAUCGUCACGCCGGAUUUCAGCGACAACGAGCGAUUCCGGGUGCCGCCGCUGGACGAUGAUCCGUUCGAGAGCAGUGGAUUCAUCACGGCAUUUAGCACUUGGUCGCUGGAAGCCACACCGCUCUUCACCAACACGACUAGCACGGUGUGUGGGCAUCUGGCCGAGCUGGAGAGAGUGAUGGCCGAGUACUAUCCGAAUGGAGGGGCCAAUCUCGCGGGAAGCUUGAAUCUGGUGGACAUGCUACGAGCGUACUUCCAGAUCGUGGAGGUGUCGUCGGUGCUGGGACUGGAGAGGGAUAGCUCCGAGCACGCCAUCCAGCUCUUCCGGGAUUGCUCCACCGCGACUUUGCUACGCAAUAGGAACAUCGAGGCUCUCGCUACAGCCGCGCUGGUGCAAGCUAGUCGUGAGGCGCAAGAGCCAAGAACUUUGCAGGAGAUCUCGGUGGCUGCCAACAUACCUCAGAAGGAAAUUGCUAGACACAUGAAGCUCCUGUCUGAUGCUCUUAAGCUAAGCCAGCCGAUCAACAGUAAUUCUAUCUCGGUUCACAUGCCCAGGUUUUGUAACUUGCUGCAGCUCAACAAGACGACUCAGGACCUGGCCUCCCAUAUAGGAGAAGUUGUGAUAAGCAAAAGCUUUUGCACCAGGAGAAAUCCUAUAAGCAUUUCAGCAGCAGCGAUAUACUUGGCUUGUCAGCUGGAAGACAAGCGUAAAACUCAGACCGAGAUUUGUAAAGCCACCGGGCUCACUGAAGUUACUCUACGCAAGGUUUACAAGGAACUGCUCGAGAACUUGGACGACCUGAUGCCUAAAGACUACACUCCAGCCGUUCCUCCGGAGAAGGCUUUCCCAGUAACUACAGGGCUCCGGGUUUCCACUAUCUCCAAGCCUUCAGUCGAAAGCCAGGGCUCUGGAGUGGGAAUCGACUCGAGCUCAGGUGCUACAGUUUUGGCUGGUGGUGGAUUCGCGAGCAUGCAAUCCUCCGGGGCAUCAUUCCGGAUGCCAUCAACAGCCGCAGCAGCGGCAGCACAAAUCCCUCCUCAUCUCCGCUCGUUAUCCGCGGCGUCCUCCUCGGCACCCGUGUACGUGAGGCCUCCAGGGAACGUCUUCAUGAUGCCUCCGACCAUGUCGAGCUCGGUGACGCCUCUGGCCUUUCUCGGCGGCGAAGCAAGCAGGGAAGCAGAGAAACCAAAGACAGGCCUGCGAACUGAUAAGUUCGAUGUGGAUCUCAACGCAGGGUACGUCUCUCCGUCUACAAGUCCCCGAGAAGCCGAGAAUCCUCCUCAGUCCUCGUUUAGCUACAGCACAGCCGCAGCAACGCCGCCACCGUUUCCUGCAACGACGGCGACCAAGCCCGAGAGACGGCCAUCUCUGCACGAUCUUAACAUGGUUCCAACCAUGGACGACGAUGAGAUUGUGGAGCUGGAUAUGUUUGAGAGGAAGCCGCCGGGUCCAGACUUGAAUGGCGCUCCUCAAGCUGCUGGAGAUCACCACCAGGAUUCGAGUGGUAAGUUGGGAGCCAUGCCGUUUAUGUGGGGAGGACCCCAUGGUUUCCCGGCUGCGGCUCCAAAGAAGCAGGAAGCAGUGGCUGCAGCUCCAUGGCUUUUCAACGCGCUAGAAAAAUCCUCACAGGAAGUCAAGAGUGAGGAGAAGAUUGCCAAGCGUGAUGAGAAGCAAACCUUGUAAAAAGCAAAAGUUACAUCAACUAAGCUCAAGAACACUCGCAAAUUC